AUGUCACUAAUUCGUUUUGUACAGGACAAGCCUCAACACCAGCUACUUGUCUACCGCGAGCUACGCGGCUCCUUCACAGAGGCACUAGAGAAGCAAGGGUUGUUAUACAAACGCACAUUCCCGUGCUCUACGACGAUCAGUGGCCUUAUCACAGACGUUGUCUCCCUGAUGGAAAUCUCUGAGCAUGCGUACCAAUUCACCACACUGGCAGGCUCCCACAUCAUCGCCGCAGAAGCCCUUCCGCUUCAGCUUCUUAUGUUUCGAAACCAGGGGAAGGCACGCCUGGGCAACGGGACUGUGCAUCUGUGUGUGGCACCCUUUCCGCUGGCAGCAACUCUCGCGGAGAUUAUUGACCCGCGUGGGCCGUACUAUAAGCGCAUUAUCAAUGACUCUGUCAUUGAAGGCGACUACCUUGUCUUCCACCUAGGUGAGCUCCUAUCGGAUCGCUAUACCCAUAUUCGCUUAUUUUUUGGACGUCGAGCCCACCGUUGUCUCUCGUCACGCAUUUACGCCCGCUUUCCUUCCGAUCGGGUCAGCAGGGGGCAUUUGGAGGAGCUUGUGACGUCGGGAGGGGAGGAUGCGCCGGACAGCGAUGCAGAGGGUGAUCCUGGCUUCUACACCUCAACCCCACCUCCCAGAACCCCAGCGACCACUCUGGACUCUAUCCCUGCGCACCCGCCUCCGACUCAGGCUACGCGUCCUACUGCUGCACAGCCUGCUCAUCCGCAAGUCCUACAGGCGACUGCCUCGAUUGUCACGCUUCAUACCCUCCCUGGUUCGAUCUGGGAUCGUCAAUGGUCCCCGGAGACGCCUCCCCGGACUAUGCAACAACUCUCCGUCUCCGCUCUUCCUGCUGUGGUGUAUCAGCAUGCGCAUCUCACACCUGGGGGGUCUCUGGCCCGUUCAACUCUGCCAAAGCUUGUCAUCUCAGGAGGGCCCGACGUCGCAGGACUUGCAUCCGCGUUCCGCGAUCGUGUCAGCACUUGUUGCGACUUGGGCGACUUCACUGAGAUCCUCUCGCCGAACCGCACCUUCCGAAUCGUACACACAGGUUUAGGAGAGAUCGCUGGCCCUGAGUCAAAUUCAACGUUAUCACUCGGCAGCGGCGUGGAACGUGAAGUCCUACAGCUCGCAUUCCAGCACUUUCGGGAUGCCGGUGCACGCUGGUUCACUCCGAGGAUGGAUGGUCAUCAUACGAUCGCCGUCUCGCAGACACUGGCAUCUGCACGCUACAUAACGCCUCAGCGUCUUCGAGAACUGCGCUGCUUGGGCGCCCUCACUGCCCUCUUGCUCAUCAACUGUAUGCCUCCGACACCCCUGGACCCCCUUCUGUUGCACUUCCUCAUUUAUGACUGCAACCUACACGCAGUACGUCCGGCACUCUGUGCUGAAUGGCACCCUGAUCUCCGUGCCUUGAUCGACUCCUGGCUUUCUAUCGGGCCGCAAGGCGAUGUUGCUCCAUUUCAAGCCCAUUUCAGCUCUUAUCAUGAGCGCGAAGUAACCUGCCUCUACGAUCGCGAUGCAAGUGCACACAAGGCACUCGCAGCAGAGAUGUUGUAUGUGUCCAUUGUCGGCAAUGCGCCGCCGGAGCAUCCUGAGCUUCAAGCUUUCCGGGAUGGACUCCGACUUCCUUGUCGGAAUGGCUUCACUUUCUGCGACGUACAGAAAGCGUUCACCGGGGGCCCAGUGAUGUUCUGGAGCCUCAUAUGGAACAUGCAUAUCUCUUCGUUCACAGCCCUCGAAGAUCAUCUGGACAUCAAGGCGCCGUCUACCGGCAUGUGCGCCGCCCUGUCUAGUGCUUUCGGCGGUGGAAUACAAGCAUCACCUCGUGAUCUAUUGCUCGACUUCCUUCGGGGAGAUGGCGUCCCGGACGCGAGUGCCCUGGAGAGUGUGCGUGAUGGGUUUACGCCCGUCGUCCUCCCCCAACUGGCCUUUGCAGACCAGCCAGGUUUCCGUGCACGUAUGUUUGCAUGGGCUGCAACAGGCACAACUUCGCUUGCUCCUGGGGAGAAGAUCAAGGUUGAGUUUAUCACAGCGACCAACAUCGAAUACGGACCAGAUCCGUCGGCGGCUGAGACGAUGGCUGCUCAGGGCAAAUUCUCCAUCAGGACCUGCUUUCGCCAGGUUCUAAUCCCUUACGGUUAUCUUCUCGGCCUCGUCCAGUCCAGUGACUCACAUGCUACCGCUCAGGUCAGGACCUAUAACUGGUUCCUCUUGGAAGUUCUCAAUGCCAUCGGUGGUCAUUCUAUGCUGUAA